AUGUCUUCAUUCGCCAUGCGACGGUUUGCUGCUGGCCCUUCGUUUUCGAAGGCAUUGAAGAGCCAGACGAGAGCCUUCUCUUCAACUAGACCUGCAGCCCGAAUCAUAACACACGCGCCCCUCCGAGCAAAGGAAGCGUCACCAUUUGUUAGCAACAAAUACCCCGUCAUCGACCAUGAAUACGAUGCGAUCGUUGUCGGCGCUGGUGGUGCUGGUCUGAGAGCUGCCUUCGGUCUUGCCGAGGCUGGUUUCAACACUGCCUGUAUAUCUAAGCUCUUCCCAACCCGAAGUCACACUGUUGCCGCACAAGGAGGUAUCAAUGCUGCUUUGGGAAACAUGCACGAGGAUGAUUGGAGAUGGCACAUGUACGACACUGUCAAGGGUUCAGAUUGGCUCGGAGACCAAGAUGCUAUCCACUACAUGACGAGAGAGGCACCCCAAUCUGUUAUCGAGUUGGAAAACUACGGUUGCCCAUUCUCAAGAACAGAAGACGGCAAGAUUUACCAACGUGCUUUCGGUGGCCAAUCGCAAAAGUACGGAAAGGGUGGACAGGCCUACCGAUGCUGCGCUGCUGCUGACAGAACCGGACACGCUCUUCUUCACACACUUUACGGCCAGUCUCUGCGACACAACACAAACUACUUCAUCGAGUACUUUGCGCUUGACCUGAUCAUGGAGGAUGGAGAGUGCAAGGGUGUCAUCGCCUACAACCAAGAGGAUGGUACUCUGCACCGAUUCCGCGCACACAACACUGUCUUGGCUACCGGUGGUUACGGACGUGCAUACUUCAGUUGCACAUCUGCACACACUUGCACUGGUGACGGAAUGGCCAUGGUUGCCCGUGCCGGUCUCCCUAACCAAGAUCUCGAAUUCGUCCAAUUCCACCCCACUGGUAUCUACGGAGCUGGUUGCUUGAUCACUGAGGGUGCUCGUGGUGAGGGUGGAUACCUCCUCAACUCCGAGGGUGAGCGAUUCAUGGAGCGAUACGCACCAACUGCCAAGGAUUUGGCCAGUCGUGACGUCGUUUCUCGAUCAAUGACCAUGGAGAUCAGAGAAGGUCGUGGUGUUGGUCCUGACAAGGAUCACAUCUACCUCCAACUCAGCCACUUGCCUCCCGAGAUCCUCCACGAGCGUCUCCCAGGUAUCUCUGAGACCGCUUCUAUUUUCUCCGGUGUCGAUGUCACAAAGCAACCCAUCCCUGUCCUUCCUACCGUCCACUACAACAUGGGUGGUAUUCCUACUAAGUACACUGGUGAGGUCCUCACUGUUGAUAGCGAGGGUAAGGACAAGGUUGUCCCAGGUCUGUUCGCUUGCGGUGAAGCCGCUUGCGUGUCAGUCCACGGUGCCAACCGUCUGGGAGCCAACUCCCUCCUUGACUUGAUUGUCUUCGGUCGUGCUGUCUCGCACACUGUCCGCGACAACUUCGAGCCCGGAAUGCCCCACAAGGAGAUCAGCGCCGAUGCUGGAGCUGAGUCCAUCAGCGUUCUGGACCAAAUCAGAACUUCCGAUGGACCAAAGAGCACCCACGAGGUCCGUCUCGCUAUGCAGAAGACCAUGCAGACUGAUGUCAGCGUGUUCCGAACACAAGAGAGUUUGGACGAGGGUGUCAGAAAGAUCAACGAAGUCGACCAAACUUUCAAGGACAUUGGUAUCAAGGACCGAAGCAUGAUCUGGAACUCCGACUUGGUUGAGACCCUGGAACUGAGAAACUUAUUGACUUGCGCUACACAAACUGCCACCGCCGCCGCCGCGAGAAAGGAAUCUCGUGGCGCACACGCCCGAGAGGACUACCCCGAGAGAGACGACAAGGAGUGGAUGAAGCACACCCUCUCAUUCCAAAAGCAGCCACAUGGAAAGGUUGACCUGACAUACAGAUCAGUGGUUGCUAACACACUUGAUGAGAACGAGUGUGCGGCCGUUCCUCCUUUCAAGCGUGUCUAUUAGAGAAAGUAAUUUUUCUUUGCCGUUUCUGGGCUGGAAUAUGGUGGGGGUUAAGCCCACUGCUGUAGCAUAGGUGCUUUAGUGGAGUCGUAUAGUAUAUAAAGUUUGUGCCUGUACGUAUGAAAUGCAGAUUUUUGUAAAAGCAUUAAUUAGAUUUCUUAAGGUUAAUGGUGAAGCCUUCUUGUAAACUCAUCGGCGAGGGAGGUGCGAAUUGUUUAGACAGAUAGUUUUCAUAGCCCAACUAUGAAACCUUCCCAAGCAUAAGACUGCUCCCAGCAAAGGUGUAU